GAAUUUAUGAAAAGUGUUCACGGACACUGGUUUCUGCAAACAAUUUUACGCGUGCCAGCUUCACAUGCGUCUCGACGUAUUGCACGUCACUUGUUUCUCUCGCAUAGAUCCGUCAAAUUCUUCGUGAUCCUCCUUGGCGCUGUUUUUGGUCUGUGUUUGAAGUAUUGCAUGAAAACGAGAAAAAAUGCCAUAAAAUAAACGUAUUCUUUCACAUUCAAAGGGACAAAAUUAAAGUCAUGACUCCGUUGCAAAAAUAUUUUCUCAAAUUGAUGCGACCUUGCAGACAUUAUACCGCUUGUUUACAUCGCGAAUUUUCAGUCGACAAUCAAAAAGACGGAGCAAAGAAUACAAAGGAUCAAAAUAACAAUCAGGAAGAUAACGAUAAUAAUACGAAGUCCGAUGUAAAAGUGUGCAUCGUUGGCGGUGGAGUGACACCUCUUUAUACCGCGGUGCUCUUGAAGCAAUAUCGAAUUAUCAAGAGUAUAAAUCUGGUGGAUAUGGAGGGUUCCACGUCAGCAGUAGGAGCUAUGAAAGACGCGUUUCAUGAGGAAACCAAUCCCCGCAUAAAUUAUUUCGGGAAACAGAACAUGAAGCAGGCGUUCAAGGAAGUGGAUAUCGUUGCGCUCAUGGACGAAACGGAUGCCAUGACGGACAGUAACAAUUUGGCGCCGCGCAAACAAUUUCAAUUGUCGGUCGACUACGUGCGUCAGAUGGCGGACCAGAUGCUUCGAUUUUGCCCGGGCGCGCUCGUGGCGGUGUUCGCGCGACCUGUCACCGCCACGCUUGCGAUGAUCUCGGAGAUUUUCAAAUCUUCAGGCUGCUCGAAUCCCGACAGGAUCAUCGGCUCCGCGGCUGCGUACAAAGCGCGAGUCGAAGAGACCGCGGCGACCCUCUUGAAUUUUGAACGCGUGAGUCUGUCGGUGCCAAUCGUCGGUGGUGCCGACGAGUCCACCGUCGUUCCUCUGUUGUCGCGCGCCGUCCCAUUCAAUCAAUUCACAAAUGCACAACGUCAAAGUCUGCUGCAGUCAUUUCGGACCGACGAAAAUGGGGAAAUAACGAAGACGUUCUUUAGAUAUCGUUCUUCGUUAUCGUCCGGAACGGCUGCUAUGAGUCUAUUAACCGCCCUCGCUGGUGGUCUAUGCGGAUACGAUAACAUUAUCACCUGCGCCUACAUGCGAUCCGAUGUUCUGCCAGUCUGUCGAUUUUUCACCAGCGAGUUACAGCUCGGCGUGAAUGGCGUGAAGAGAAACUUGGGUUUGCCGAAAAUCUCACCCGCUGAAAUCUUACUAAUUGAGCAGGCGAUACCGCUUAUUAACGAAUACGUCGAUAUGGCAUUCGCGGCCGUGCGAACCAAGCGAAUACAGCAAAAGGGAAGUGCACGGAAUAUCUUACAAAUUUGUUUAAUCGAUUUGCAAGUAUUACUUUCUUCUAACAAAAUUAUACAUCGUUGCUUAUAUAUGAAAAACAAUUAUUUUUAAUUUGAAUAUAUAAAUUUUAAGUGAAUACUUAUUUUUUUCCUAGAUCUAUAUCUAUAUAGAUCUAGGAAUUUCUAUUUCUAUUUCUUCUAUAUCUAUUUCUUCUAUAUAGAUGUUUCAGGAAUUUUUCUCGUUAUUUGAAUUUAAUAUUUUAACAAAUAGGAUAUUUUAACAUAUCUAUUUGUUAUUUUCACGCUUGUUUUUUGCAUUAUUCUGAGAUUCUUGUGUAAUCGUACAAUUUCAUAAUUGGGAUUUCUGUUUUCUUUAACUGUAGAAAAAAUCUAUAAAAAACUUACAUAUUUUACUGUUUUUGAUGUCGUAAUAUAGUGUGGUUACGAUUCAGAAAACAAGAACGAUAAAGCUAGAGAUUGCGAUAAAGGUUUGAGAUAAUUAAUAAUUAAUAAGUUUGCAUAUGUAUUCAUGAAUAUAUGCAUUAUAUGCAUAAAGCGUAUACACACCAUGAAAACUUUAAACAUCCUAUAACAAGAUUCUUGAUAAAAUUUUGCGGAAAUAUGC